AUGACAAGUGAACUAAACCCAAAUGCUUCUCUUUACAUACCCAUUUAUUGGUCUUUCCAUCAUGAUCUUCCUCCUCCGUGUCAUCAUCAUCUUCUUCCUCAAUCCGAUCAUACUGAUAUUACCAGUCCAUCACAGAUUGAACCAAUGAGAAACCCAUCGUGGGUGUCGAAAGACAGAGCUGAUGAUCAGCCAAGGUCUCGUAUAAGAAACGUUGCUUCGGGUCCCAGAAAUAACCAGGCAUGGAAACCCAAACAUAUUCAGAACUCCAGAGCACCUUCAACACCGAACCACCACUCCGGCGGUGGCCGGAAUCUUCAACAAGUUCAGAGUAUCAAAAACGUUGUGUGGAAACCCAAACACGAUGACCGGAACUUCGGAGCAGCUUCUGGACCAACAGUUCACAUCAACAGCUCCAAUGUUACGACUCUCAUGAUCCGUAACAUUCCGAAUAGAUAUACGCGAAAAAUGCUAUUGGAUUUCAUGGAUAAUUACUGUAUGCUAGAAAAUCAAAGUAUUGAAAGUGGUGAGGAAGAAGAAGACCGUUCCAAAUAUAAGUCAACUUUUGACUUUUUAUAUCUACCGAUUGAUUUCAGAACUCACUUGAACAAAGGCUAUGCCUUUGUGAGUUUUACCCAUCCAAGAGCAGCAUCUAAAUUUUGGGAAGCUAAAGAUAACCAAAAAUGGGAUUGUUUUAAAUCUAACAAAAUUAGAGAAAUUGCUCCUGCCACAAUUCAGGGUAAGGAGGCACUAGUGGCUCAUUUUGAUAAAUCGAAAUUUCAAUGUGAAAUAGAAGAAUUUCUACCGCUAGAAAACAUUAAAUACGAGGGAAAUUCAACCGAUGAUGCUAAGAAGAUGCCAUCAGCAAGGAUGAAAUUGAACUUAGCUCUAGCACUUGGAGCUCACAAUACAUUAAGCUAG